ACCAUUGACUGCUGCACACGGAGGAAACGGUACGCUGCUCUCUCUCGGGCACUAUCUCUUAUCUCACCCGCCUUCCAGUCCAUUGUUGACUGGAAUACGAUACGAAGAUCCUGCUUCCAGGCAGGUUUUCUACAAGUGUUCUACUGCUCAGUAUGCCAGAACGCAUGGACUAAUUUAACGACGAUGGCUUCGUUGCGAAUGGUCGCCAAACUCCGGGCUGGAGUUGUCGGAUGUACUAAACCGUUCCGCUACGCACUCAAAACAACCCGACCUCCGGUGAAAUUACUGCAUACGAUCCAUCCCAGACAGCCACAGUGGAGGUGUCCUCCCCAAGUGUUCUUCUGCAGUACUGUAGCACCCUCUCGUGAUGUGGUGUUGCAGUAUAAACAUGGACGACCGGUGCUGGCUGUGCCGCUACCCUCCAGGCAGGAGAGCUGUCUGUUCUUCCUCAGGCCCAUGUUAAUGACUGUAGGAGACCUCAUCCACGACCUGCAGAGAGAAGACCCAGGAGUCACCUCUGCCUCUGUGCUCACCAAGGAUGGUGCACGGGUAGCUAACAGCACCUCUAUAGACAGUCUCCUGGACAAAGACUUCCAGCUCCUCAUCAAUGAUGCUGUAUACAACAUCCACUCCCCUGAAAGAGGUGAAGCAACUCUUUCCCAAAACAUAGAGGCGUCCAGUGUGUCCAGUGAGCAUGUGGUGGACGUGGAGGACAUGAAGCACAUGGUGCAGCUGCUCCACACGGCCCUCCACCUGCCUGACCACCACCUGCUGAAGGAGAGGCAGCUGCUGGAGAGACUGGAUGGACUUAAACAGGACCUCUCGCCUCUGGAACAGGUGAAGGCACAGCUGGUGCGCAGUGCAGAGUUCCACUCCUCCAGGACUCUGUGGACAGGUGUGGCCCUGCUGUCUGUGCAGGGUGGGGCCUUGGCCUGGCUCACCUGGUGGGUGUACUCCUGGGACGUCAUGGAGCCCGUCACCUACUUCCUCACCUACUGCACCAGCAUCGGAGUCUUCUCCUACUAUGUCCUCACCAAGCAGGAUUAUGUCUAUCCAGAUGCCAAAGACAGGCAGUUCCUGUAUUACUUCCACAAGGGUGCCAAGAAGGAGCGCUUCAACGUGCAGAAGUACAAUGAGCUGAGAGAGGAGUUGGCUUCGGUGGAAGAAGAUUUGAGACGUCUAAGGAAUCCAACCCAACUUCAGCUCCCUGUAGAACAGAUCCAGAGCCAGCCAUGAAGAGCAGCACCACACACACACCGUCAAACUGAAGGACUACUGAGCAGCAGCAUUUUUCCCCAUUUAUUUUGAUAACAAUGCAUUUUUCUUACUAACCCUGCAGAUCAUUUUAGAGUUUUGGUUUACACCGUUUACAAUAUUGGAAGUCAUUUGCGGUAAUAGAAGUAUAGUAAUAAAUAUAUGAGAAAACAUC